GUGUCACUUUACUACACGAUCUGAUAUUUGUUUAAUUUGUCCUUCCUCUUAUCAAAGUAAAUAUUCAACGCCCAACAAAAUGUGUUUUUGAUUAUACAUGGAGAACUACAAGUAGGACUUCCUUUGGUCAUUCCAAAUUUAAAUACUUUUUAAAGAUUUUAAUAUUAUCCUGACGCAAGGUCCUACACCUCACGAGUCUACCAUGUCGACGACGUUUGAAAAGGAGUUGCAAUCCAUGAUUGCCCAGUUUGCCCUUUACGAGCAACCGAAUAACCAGGCUGCAGCGUUGGCAGAAGUCCCCUCCGACUUUCUCAUGGCUGUGGCUCGAGCGAAAUGUGAGAGUAAUCCAGGUCAGGUCGACGAGGCUCCGAAUAAAAAUUUAGUUCAAGAUAUGUAUCUUUUGGAACUAAUGUCCUGGUUUAAAAAUGAGUUUUUUUCUUGGAUGAACUCACCUAAUUGUCCUCGAUGUCAAAAACCUACCACUGCGAUAGGUACGGGAGUACCAAGUGUAGAGGAAUUAGCAAAAUCUGCUUCACGAGUGGAACUUUUUACUUGUUCCAAUUGUUUCAAGGACAAUAGAGAGAUUGCGAGAUUUCCAAGAUAUAAUCAUCCAGCCGUCCUUUUAAAAACCAGAACGGGUCGUUGUGGCGAAUGGGCGAAUUGUUUUGCCUUGAUCUGCCGAGCAACGGGUUUUGAAGUUCGGCAUGUUAGAGACUGGACAGAUCAUGUCUGGCUUGAAGUAUUUUCCUCCAGCUUGACCCCAAACCGAUGGGUGCAUGUGGACCCUUGUGAAAAUUCAUACGACAGUCCUCUUCUAUAUGAGAAUGGUUGGGGCAAGAAGUUGUCCUAUGUGAUUGCUGUGAGCCAGGAUGAUUUGCAGGACGUUACAUGGCGAUAUAUUCAAGAAAAAAGUCUUAGAGAUGUUCUUUCACGUCGACGUCUCAUAAACGAAAGCAGGCUAGUUGACUUAAUAAUGGGCUUGAAAAAGAGGCUGCAAGCAAAUAUUUCAGACAGUCGGAGAGAGUUGCUCGCAUCACGAAUGAUUCAAGAAUUGGUCGAAUUUUUGUACCCAAGAGCUGAAUUUCAGUUGAAAAAUUCAGAGACUGAAGGUAGGGGCUCGGGAUCCUUGGCAUGGAGACUGGCUAGACAGGAGUUGGGGCCAACAAAGGAGAAUCAAACUGAUGACUCCGGUUAUGUAUGGGUGAUUGGGAAUGAUCGAAUUUUCGACUCCAAAUUUGUUAUGAGCUAUGAUUCAAAGAAGGAUCAGUAUUUUGUACACAAUGGAAAUUCGUCUGUUGAAACAAAACCUGGCUGGGAAGAAGGAGCUCGUUAUGUGGAAAAUAUCUUUCAGAAGAGGGAACAUGAUUGGAAAAUGGUAUAUUUAUCAAGGAGAGAACAAUCAAACGGUGACACCCGGGGUACAAUUUCUUGGCAGUUUGACCUAUCUGAUCCAACCUUACAAAUAAAGAAGGUUCAAAUAGUCGUUGGGCGUUCAACUUUCCAUUCCUCGGCAUCUAUUGUAACAACAUUGACGGAUAACUUGGGCAACGUGCACAAGCUUUGCGAUGUAAAUACGGUUGAUGACUUAUUUUGCUGGAGUUCUUCUGAUGUGGGAUCAUUCCAAUUAUGCAAUAGUAUAACAUUAACCUGCACAUUGCAAGGUGGCGAAGGCAGCAACGCCUGGCAGCAUGCACAACUUUUUCGACAAAAAUUAGAUUCCGAUAAUUCAGGUUGCAGUUUGCGAGUUGAACUUGAUAUUGUUUCAAAAUCUAACCCUAUUUAAAUAAGUUAUAAUUAAGCCGCAGAGUGAUUAUUGGCUGUUCAUGUUGCAAAUAGAGAAUAAACAAUAAAUAUUCACGA